AAAUAGAUCAAAAUUUAGUAUUCACACGUGAACCUCGGCCACUCUUGAUCACUCACACUCACAAACAACCCAGGGAAGAAGCAUCACUGUUGCCGUCUUGUCCCCUCAAUCACUGAUUCACUUGGCCCUCCGGUUGAGGUAACACAACACAGCCACACACACACAUACCCUUUUUUGUCUUACCUACCACACCAUGCCUCUGCCGCCAGGAGUGUACCGUGCCGACCAGGUGGGGUCGUUCCUCCGGCCCAAAGCCGUCCUCUCGGCCCGCAACGACGCCGCAGAUGGCAAGCUGAGCCCAGCCGCGCUGCGGGAGGUGGAAGACGAGCACGUCGCGCAGGUCGUCCAGAACGAGGUCGAGAACGGGAUCCGGUCCGUGACGGACGGCGAGUUCCGGCGGGCGUAUUUCCACGUGGACUUCUGCGUGCACCUCGACGGCGUCGAGCAGCAGGGCUACGUCUCCUCGACCAACAUCACCAAGGUCGGCAUGAAGUCGCCCCCGCGUCUCGUCGUCACGGGCAAGCUGGGCCACCCCAAGCCCAUCCAGGUCGACGACUUCAAGUUCCUGGACGCCCAGAUAGAAAAGCUCGGCCUCAAGGGCAAGGCCACCGCCAAGGUCUGCAUCCCGUCGCCGACCAUGGUCCACUUCCGAGGUGGGCGCGAGGCCAUCGACAAGACGGCCUAUCCCACCCUCGAGCCCUUCUUUGACGACCUCGUGCGCGUGUACCAGGAGGAGAUUGCGGAUCUGUACGCUGCUGGGUGCCGCUUUGUCCAGCUGGAUGAUACCAACCUGGCCUAUCUCUGUGAUGAGGGCAUGCGCAAGGAGGCUGCCACCCGCCACGGCGAGGACCCAGGCCAACUGGCCGAGCAAUACGCCAAGCUCAUCAACGCCGCCAUCUCCAAGCGGCCCAAGGACCUGACCAUCGGCAUCCACCUGUGCCGCGGCAACUACCGCUCCCAGUGGUUCGCCCAGGGCGGCUACGAGCCCGUCGCCGAGACCCUCUUCAAGAAGCUCGACGUCGACGUCUACUUCCUCGAGUACGACGACGCCCGCUCCGGCGACUUCAGCCCGCUGCGCCACCUGCCCGAGCACAAGGUCGUGGUCCUGGGCGUCAUGAGCAGCAAGACGCCCGCGCUGGACGACAAGGCCGAGAUCAUCCGCCGCGUCAAGGAGGCCGCUACGUACUGUCCCAAGGGCCUUGAUCAGCUGUGCCUGUCCCACCAGUGCGGCUUCAGCAGCACCAUGGAGGGCAAUGAUCUCUCCGAGGAGCAGCAGUGGGCCAAGGUCAGACUCCAGGUUGAAAUCGCCAAGGAGAUUUGGGGUGAGGACACGUCUGUGUAG